AUGUUACGUUCUAAGAAAGUGCUUCUUCUACUUGAUGAUACUGAUGAUGCAAGUCAACUUGAUGCGCUCAUGCAGAAGCAUGAGUGGUUUGGCAAGGGAAGCAAGAUUGUCAUUACAACUAAAGAUCGAGGAAUUCUCAAUGUUGAUGAGACUUACAAACUUACUAGCAUGGAUUUCGAUCAUUCUCUUACACUUUUUAGCAAGCAUGCAUUUAGAAGAGAUUAUCCCUUAGGGCAAUUCAUAUCUCACUCUGAAAGGGUAGUAGAUAUGUGUAACGGUCUUCCUUUAGCUCUUGAGGUAAUAGGUUCUCUUUUAUCUGGAAAAAGCGAAGAGGAGUGGGAUGCCACAUUAAAGGAGCUAGAAGAAUCUCCUCAAGAGAAUGUUAGAAAGAAGUUAAUGAUCAACAUUGAGGCCUUAAAUGAAAACCAAAGAAAAAUAUUUCUUGAUGUUGCUUGUUUUUCCAUUGGGUAUGGUAAAAGAAUUGUGAUUCACUUGUGGGAAAGUUGUAAGUUUCUUCCUCAUCAAUCUCUUGGAAUCCUCCAGCAAAGAUCUUUGAUAAAGAUCAGAGACGAUAACCAACUGUGGAUGCAUGAUUGGUUAAGAGAUAUUGGAAGAACUUUUAUAGAAGAAGGAAGUGCAUCAGCGGUGAAGCUCUCAUUAGUGGAUAACCAUUUCAACUCACUGAUUGAGUUAGAUCUAUCAAACACUGGUAAUAGGGAGUUAGCAAAUUCAAUUGGGUAUAUGAAGAAAUUGAAAAUGCUAAAGCUAUGCAAUUGCCCCAUAAGAAUACUACCUGGCGACAUUGGAAUGUUGGAGAAGCUCGAACAGCUAGAGGUAGGGGAAGAAUUGACAGAGAUUCUCAGUGAUAUAGGGAAACUACCAAUUUUGAGAAAAUUGGUGUUAGCACACUGUGAAAUUCCAACGAUGCCUCAGCUUCCAGAAAGUCUGAUCACUCUAACCAUUGAUUUAUACUCAAUGAAGAGAAUGUCAGACCUCUCAAACCUAUUAAAUUUGAGAAAUUUGAAGUUGCAUGUAGGUUUCGAGCAUCCUACAAAACUUGAAGUAGAUCCAAGUUCUUGGGGGAUUGGAAGAUUACGCAUGCUUGAGGUCUUGGACUUGUAUUGUCGUGAUAUUGGCACCUUAUCUUUUGAUCUUGUUCUCCUUUUUAAGCUGAAGGAACUCCAUAUCCAAUGCCCCAAUUUGCAAUGCCUGCCAAGGCUUCUGACAAAUUUGUCAUACUUAGAUAUCAAGAGUUGCAAUAGAAUAAAAGCGACAAAUGGUUUUUCCAAUCUAAAAGCGUUAUCAGUUUUGGAAAUUAGUUAUUGUUGGAAGCUAACAGAGAUUGAAGGCCUUGAAGGCUUGGAGAAUCUGAGAACAUUAAAGCUCCAUUAUUUAUCAUUGGCAAAGUUGCCUGAUCUAACUAGCUUGAAGAAGCUUAAGGUAAUUCAUGUGUCGUGUUGUUUUGAGUUGGUAGAGGUUCUAGAUUGUCCAGAAUCAUUGGAGACACUUGAGAUUGAAUGGUGUCCUAAAGUGCAAAAGUGGCCUGAUCUAUCAAGAUUGAAGAAUCUGAAAGUUCCACAUCAAGGUAAAAGGGAACGGAGUUGA